CAGUCGUCAUUAUGGUGCUCAUUACCGAAAAACUAGUUCGCAAAAAGUCUGAACACAAUGAGCGUCUAAUCAGCACUCUGGAGGAAAUCUCCUUGCACCAGGAGGACAUCGAGGUCAUAGACCAUAUUCAGAACUGGUGUCGCGACCUGAAGAUUCUGCUCCUUCAAUCUAAUUUGAUUGCCCGCCUGGAGAACUUACACAAACUGAAGCGGUUGGAGUAUUUAAAUGUGGCCAUCAAUAAUAUUGAAAGAGUGGAGAACCUGGAGGGCUGCGAGUCGCUGACCAAACUAGAUCUUACUCUGAACUUCAUAGGAGAACUAACCAGCUUGGAGUCGCUACGUGACAACCAUAAUCUCCGUGAACUGGUACUCAUUGGAAAUCCCUGCGUGGACUACCCUCACUACAGGGAUUAUGUGAUUGCCACAUUACCACAACUGAAUAGCUUGGAUUGCGUAGAGGUUACACUUUCGGAACGCCUCCAAGCAUUGAGAUCAUUACCCAAGAACCGGGCAAUAAUCGUCAAAAAGCAGGCGGAUCAGGCCAUUGAAAGGGAUGAACAGCGAAUCAGAGUGGAGCAGCAGCAGUCCGCCUUGGCAGAACAUUGUGCGGGAAUCGAGGACGAAGAGGAACGAAUCAAAGCCUUCUGGCAGGCGAAAAGCGAGCACUGUCCAGAAAUUCGCAUGGAGAUUGCCCGGCAACAUCGAUUGGGCCGAGAGCGUCAUGAAACCAAGCCUCAGCUCGAUCCUCCAAAACGGGAUCGCAGUCUUUUCGCUCCAUGCGGCAGACCCUACAAUCUAAACCAGGGCAAGCUGCCCUUUAACUUUCAGGACGAGGCCGAUUAUUACUUGCUGCAACUGGAAGUCUAUAAACAUCUGGAUACCUCUCUAAUUGACGUGGAUGUUCAGCCCAUCUACACUAGGGUCACUGUUAAGAAAAAGAUCUUUCAGAUAUCCUACAAUGAGGAAGUCAAGCCGGAUCAGUCCACCAUACAGCGUUCUCAGAUUACAGGUCACCUUAUGAUCAAGCUUAAGAAGCUAAAUGUGAACGAACUGCUAAUUUAUAAGAAGGGUUCAGCGAAAAGUCUUGCCCCGUCUGAUGCCGGAAAAAUUGUCGGAAAUCUAGAGGACAAACUCCGAGGAACCGUGGACAUCAGCAACAUUUUCCCACCCAGCGAUGUUCCCGAUUUAAUAUAAGAAAGAUCAUUAUUGAAAAAUUAUUUAUUUAAAUAUUUGUCUGUUUCGGCUUUUCUUCAA